UACCCGGUGUGUUUGCGUUUUUCGUUACUUCUUGCAUACAGUUUUUCACAGGUUUUUAGCAAUCCAACGAAAAGUGUCAAUAGAAAUUAUUUUGCGAACAAAAGAAGGCGGUGGGGGUAGCAGGAGGUGAAGAUGGAUAAUUUGGAGGAGGUAUUGCAAGCGCUCGACGAAUUUCAGAAAAUGCGUCCGAGUGAAAUACCUCGGGAGCUUGAGGAUUAUUUAUGUUGGGUUGCGAAAACCGGUGAUCCUGUUUAUCAGUGGUCUUUAAUCAAAACAUUGUUCAGAGAAAAGCUCACCCGUGUGAUGACUGAUUUUUAUGAGACUUGUCCAACGCUUGACCUCGCACCUUGUCCAAAUGUUGAACAUUUUAAUUAUGACACAAUGAAAAGUAAUCUUUUAGAACGUUUGGAAUCAUUUGCGAGCGCUCCAUUUACCGUCCAGCGAAUUUGCGAAUUGUUAACAGCACCGCGUAAGGAAUACAAUAGGGUUGACAAGUUUAUGAGAGCCAUUGAAAAAAAUAUCUUGGUUGUUUCUACUAGAGAACCUGGGCCAAUAGCAAGGAGGAAUGAAAAUGGAGAUGGUAUGGUCAAUGGAUCUAUAGAUGAAGAUACAUCUGUAACACAACCUCCUCAAGAUGUAGAAAUGGAAUAUUGGCAAAAGGAUUGCCCUUCUACAGUUACAAUUAGCGUGCACACUGUUGAAAAUGAAACACCAUUGUUACAUACUGUUGUACCAACUACUACUGUAGUAAAGAAUGUAUUUGGAACAGAGGAACUUUCUCAUGAAAAAGUGGAAUCUACAUCUUCCAAGUCAGACAUUGUGGUAUCUAAUUUUAUACCAACUACUUCAGAAUUUUCUGGAGUUUCUAAUUUAAAUUCUCAAACUCAAACACAAGAUUCACAAAUUGGACCUACAAUACAGAAUCUAUCAACUAUAGUUCCUGAAACUUCUGGCAUUAUGAGCGAUGUUUCAGAAGCAAUCAUGAAUGAGGACACCAGUUCUCAACCUAGUUUAGAAUUGGAAAAUGAAGGACGAGAUGCUCUGGAUUCCUUGAGGAAAUUACAAACUACUUUUCAAACAAAAGAUUUCAGUUCAAAUGAAAAUAAAUCAUCAAAGCUUUAUGUAGAUAAUUCUAAAAUAAACGAAAAAACAGAGGUUGAAACAGUGUCAAUACAUGUACAAGAAGGAUCAAAUAAAAGUAAUGAUAUAUUGAUUAAGUCAGAUGUUGAUCUUAAAACAGUGUUAGAAAAUAAAGAAUCAGUUAAUCCAGUUAUUAAAAAUCUUUUAAAUACUAACGAAAAUUUGGAAACAACAAUAAAAUUAGGUACUGAUGUAGGAAACAUUCAAUCAAUAAUUGAUACAUCUGGUUCAAAUACAGAACAUAAAGAGCCACUAACUUUAGAAAAUGUUAAUAUUGGAAGCAAAGUUACAACAAACAGUUCGGAACAACCUACAAAUAAUUUAAUUUUAUCCACUGAUAAUGUAAAUACAGAAGAAACUAUAAAUACAUCAGAGGAUAUGUCUGUAGAUGUAGAGAACAUAAAAGAUCAAAACAAAGAAGGAGAACUAAUAAAUGAUUUAAAACCUAUAGUGGAAGAACCAUGUUCUAAAGAUAAUGCAACAAAAAAUUUCAAUUGUGAUCAAGAGAAAAGCAAUUUAAUUAUUACAGAAGCUGUAGAAGAUGAAACCAGAGUAAUAAAAUCUAUAGUACCUGAUCCAAUUCCUAUUGUUGAGGAACCAAAAGAUACUGAAAUUGUUAAUGUAAAAAAAAACAAUUCUCCAAUUGUUGAAAUAACAGAAGAAUCAGAAAAUCAAAAUACUACAGUAACAUGUCAAUCAGAAAAUAAAAAAGACAUGUCUGUUGUGGAUAGUAACAUAGCACAAUUAAAAGGUAACGACAUAACUUCUACCAUAAAUAAAAUAGAGGAUAGUGAUACAGUAAUAGAAAAUGUCAUGAGUAAGAAAGGACAAGAAGCAGUGGAAUUAAUGGAAGUAGAUGAAGAAGAAACAUUAUCCGUGUUUCAGCAAGAUGAUGAACCUAUGGAGCAAGAAACAGUACAAUCAUCUAGAAGUUAA